AUGGCAUCAACAGGACAUGGUGGCCCUAUAGUGAUGUUCUGCGAUCUAGGGUUUACGGAGGCGAUAGCUUCAUCGAAAUUCUACACCGUUCUAGUCGCAGCAGGUCCAUCGCAGGACGAAAACUCAAGUAAGAAUCGCCAACAAUUCAAGCGAUUUCGCGGUGAACCUAUUCGGUUCGGGAAGCGUGUACCCCGUGAACCUAUCAGUGAGCAUAUUGUGCAAGUUGCAAUGUUUAAUCUCAACCAUGCCCAUCUAAAGCAACAGAAAAAUCGGGAGCCAACGAUACAACGAUACUAUGCCACAUUUCUACAGCAAGCGUCACGCAAUUCAAGAAAGGCUGGAAUGGACGCCAGCGGUAUUAUGAUGUCAGCGCGCACAUUCCUUACUAUUUUCUGCAUCCUUCUAUUCACCGUCCUGUAUACCUCGUCAGCACCGAAUCGUAUUCUAAUGCGGUUCGGCAAACGAGCGACCAAUACGGUGCCAUAUGCUUUCGUCCCACUCCCUGACUACUACCGAGUAGAUCUUCGCAGGCUAACGGCAUUAUUUACCACCACACUGACAGAAACGUUUGGUCAUAAAAGAAAAUACUGCUCUGUGGAGCGACAAAAAACUGCCCAUAUGGUAAUAGUGUUUCAUCCACAAAUCGAAGAGGUCUCAGAAGAUCGAACUGAGGAUCGCAAAGCUUCAGAACAAAUUGAAAAGAAGCAGUUGGCAAACGUGUACUACUCUGCAGAAGAGCUCGCUCCUCUCUCUCUCUCUUUCAACCCCUCCCUCAUGGAUGGCAAUAAUAGAACGAGGCUCAUCAAUAAUGCCACCAUAAGGUAA